CUAUAAAUCUUGCUGCUGCAUAUUUGCCCAUUACAUUUUUAAUUUGCUUAAUUUGGACAUAUAGAUCGAUAUAUUAAUUAAUUAGAAAUGUCAGUGUUUGAAGAUUUCAAGCCCAUGUCUGAAUGGCUACAAGACCAUCAAUCUCAUUUCCUCAUUAUUCAUCUUCCUGCAGGUUUUGUGAAGGAGCAAAUCAGGGUUUCAGCAGAAGGAAGGAAUGUCAUUAGGGCUCGUGGGGAACGUCCGGUGGCCGGCAACAAAUGGAGCCGCUUCCAGGCGGCUUUUCAGGUACCCGAAGACGGUGAAAUGAGCUCGAUUCGUGCAAGGUUCCAUGGACAAAAGCUCACCAUUACGGUUCCAAAAAGUAGUGUUAAGAAACCUCAGGAGGCUCCUGAUGAUCCUCAAAGAACUACUAAGGUUGAUACUCGAGAGCAGCCCAUCCCUCAGAAGGGCCUGCAGGGCAAUGAUCCUCAGGCAGCAGGUUGUGCAAGCCAAUUAGCCACAGUGCAAGGGGCGGGCGAUGCCUCAAGCGAGAGAACGAGCAUUCCAACGCUCAAAGAAGAUGCUAAUGCAGUAGCACACGAUAAGCUAACAAGGAAGAACAUGGAGAGAAGUAAAGAAUUACUUGAGACGGAUUGUGGAUCUUCCGUCAUUGAUAACUAUAAGAAAGCAGUAAAGGGGGUUUUUGAGCUGAAUGAGGAAAGGCAGUUGCUAGUGAAUAUGGGGGCAGCUGUGCUUGUUGUUGUGGCGCUAGGUGCUUAUGUGGCCUACAAGUUUGCAUCAAAGAAAGAUAAAGAUUAGGCCCCAAAGUGGAAAUUUUAGUUCAAAUCGAGUCAGGUCAAUACCUAAAUUAGUUGUACAAUAAAUUUGAUAUCAUUAUUAUGUGACUGGUGUAAAAUUUUUCAAAUUAACAUUAUAUUUUUCAAAUUCCGUUGAAACAAAUAGAAUAACGCCAUUUUAUUUUCUUUGACUGUUUAAUAAUGAUUACGCAGAUAAUUUUAUAAAAUAUACUAUUGAUGUAUGAAUUUAGGUACCUUCCACCGAUAUGGCUGAUCAACAUUUUGUUGAUCAUUGUUUUUAUUAAAUGUA